CUUGGGCCGUCUUGGGGUUGUCUCGGGGCCUUCUUGAGAUACUCUUGAGGCAAUAGUUUUGACCUCUUGGGUUGUCGGACGCUCAGGACGGUGAGGGCAUGACCAUGAGUGAGAAAACUAAUGCGCACAAGUGAGUCCUGCUUCUUGCGGCCGUCCUGGGGAAGACAUCCCCAUCGUGCUUGCAAAAUGCCUUGGCUCGAGCGCCAAGUGGCCCUAUCCAGAUGCAGGCGAUUCUCCCCGACUCUUCCAGGGCCCCUCGGCCUUGUUGCGCUUUGAUGAUUUUCAACAGCGGGGUCCGCACUAUCUCCUCGCACUGUCAGGAUCAGGAAGGUCGCACAUUCGAAAGGACAGGGGCGGACGCAUUCAGAAACGAGCCACGGGCGAACAGCCACCACCUCCAGCGCCACAGCUCUUCCCGACCGCUACGGUGGCCCCUUUCAGAUCUUCAUGGCCCGGCACCUAUCUGGAGCAGGCAUGGGGCAGGGGAGAUUCCCAUACCAGUCUCUUGUGUGGUUUGUUGUGCACAUGCCACAUGCGUGCCAAACGGACGGGAGAGGGCCCUGUCACGUUUGGAACACCGCAUACGUAUGCAAUCAGCCACUUGCAGCAGGUGCUGUUGGUGCCUUCCGCAUUCGCCAUGAGGACGGGCGAGGCUCACUGGGAGUUGCUGCUCAGGUGCCGCGCCAUCGAGACUCAGUGCUACGUGCUAGCCGCUGCGCAGGUUGGCAGGCACAAUGAGGACGGUAACAAGCGCGAGAGCUGGGGCCACAGCUUGGCAAUCGACCCGUGGGGCAGGACUUUGGUGAACAUGGGAACAACGAAGGGCCUCGCCGUUGUGGAGAUCGACUCCGAGCUGGUCCGCUCCACUAGGGAGAACAUGCCCAUAGACAGACACCGGAGAUACGACAUAUACGGCGACGCGCCACACGCGGCUACCGGACACGGGGCAACGCGGAGCAGCAGGGACGCGGAGGACGGCAUGUUCUUUGGGUGACCUUGGCGCCAUGCGUGCGCUCGAGACCCAAGUUCCGCCGCGAUUUUCGCCAGAGCACGGGGGCUGGGUGGCUUGUGGGUGCGGGACGUCUCACCUCAUGUCGCAGCGUUCGUGUGAUGUUGUGGAACCCCUUAUUUAAACGACGGGGUGACGCUGCAGGAAAAAUCACUGCCCUAUCCCCUCUGACGGGUCGAAGUCCUC